AUGGUGUACCCCGAUGUUUUCUCCAAACAAGUUGUGUCUUUAAAUGUCAAAGGUAUUGUUGUGAAGGCGGUAGAUAUUGGCAACCAAUUUAAAAAUGAGCAAGAGUUUGAAUUUUGUGAACACAUACUUCAAUGGAUUCGUGCGGAGGCCUCCAAACUGGGAUUUGGUAUGGUUAUCAGAAGGUUCGAUAAUGGUUCAGAUAUAAGAUGUGCUUUUGUGACAAUGGCGUACAAAAGAAGCGGGAAAUAUAUAACUCCUCUCCAGAAUUUUAUACGAGACGACACUGGUUCAAGAAAAUGUGAGUGUCCCAUUAAGUUGUGUGCUUACAUGUUGGCAAAAAAUAAAUGUAUAUUUAAUGUUGUAUGUGGUUUACAUAACCAUGACUUGUGCCAAAAGUUAGUCAGUCAUCUAAUUGUGUGUCGCCUCACGCUGAAAGAGAAGGAAUGUAUUGCUGAUAUGACAUUGAAUUUAGUUCAACAGAAAAGUAUACUUGCAACAUUGAAAUGUAAAAGAUCCGAAAAUAUCUCAAAUAUCAAGCAUGUGUACAAUAUUUAUUACCAAACUAACAAGGCGCUGAGAGGGGAUAUAACUGAAAUGCAACAACUCUUAAAACUAUUGGAUGAUAACAAUUAUGUGUUUAUGUACCGAACAUGUGAGGAUGGAGUUACCAUUAGAUAUUUUGGACUCAUCCUGAUUUCAUCAAGUUGUUCAACAUGUUUCCUACAGUGCUCGUAA